AACUAAAUGUGAAAGUGGAGGGGAAUAGCACAGAAGAGCGAUUAGAGCUUGAACGACUAUUUUAUCGUGAAGUGUCAGUGCGCGGGUAUAAAGUGGUCGAGGAGCUGAUAAAAGAUUGUCUCAAAGGUUGUAUCAAAUGGAGUCAACACGAGAGUCUACGUGAUAAUUACUUGGCAGUUUCUUCAUCUUCGAUCAUUUGGUUGGAAGACUUCAAAGCAGGAAGAUGGGCAGAAAAGUGAACAAGGAUUUGGUCAGAGAGCGAAGCAAUGCUUGCUUCAAUUCUGGAGAAUUCACUGUCUGGUGGCACGGUGGAAGUGAGAAUGUGGCUGAAAAGCGAAGAAAUGAGAACUACUACUUCAAGCUUCCAGAACUCGAGCCCAAAACUCCAAUUCACUACCUUUCUCACAAGGAAUUGUACGAGGAGAUUGUGAGACAAAACACACUAACCAUGUCUCAGAUCAAGGAACUUAGAGCUCCUCCUGGACAAUUGGAUCAUCAGAAAUUGAUCCUCAAACUUCGAGCUUCUGGAGCUGUUGGUCCUACUAGUCCCAUUGGAGUUCACUUUUCCAUGUUCAUUCCCACAAUUAUGGGCCAGGGAACUCCAGAGCAGCAAAAGAAGUGGCUGGAGAAGUCCCUGAGGUGUGAAAUUAUUGGGACUUAUGCUCAAACGGAAUUGGGGCAUGGAACCUUUGUACGAGGACUCGAAACUACGGCGACUUAUGAUGAAAAUACCAAGGAAUUUAUCCUCAACAGUCCAACUCUCACGGCACUCAAGUGGUGGCCAGGAGGAUUGGGUCACACGGCGAAUCAUGCCGUCGUGAUCGCUCAGCUGAUUGUCCGUGGCCAAAGGCAAGGAGUCUUUCCCUUCAUUGUCCCAUUGCGCGAUGAAGAGACUCAUAUGCCUUUUCCUGGCGUCAAAAUUGGCGACAUUGGAGCCAAAAUGGGCCUUAAGAGCACCAAUAACGGCUUCCUGGGCUUCACCAAUUAUCGAAUCCCACGCGAGAAUAUGCUAAUGAAAAAUGCCCAAGUUCUGGAGGACGGAACCUUUGUGAAGGCGCCUGUUUCUGUCCUAACUUACGGGACAAUGGUCUUUGUGCGAGUAAUGAUCGUCCGGGAUAUGAGCAAUCGCUUGGCUCAAGCAGCCACAAUUGCUACCAGAUAUUCAGCUGUCCGGAGGCAAAGUCCUAUUGACCCAGAUGAGAAGGAGCCCCAGAUCCUGGAUCAUGUAACACAGCAACGGAAAGUGUUCCCUCAAAUUGCCAAGAGUUUGCUAUUCAAACUAGCAGCUGAUCUUCUGAUUGAUACCUACUAUUCCGUAACUAGUGAACUGGCAAGUGGGAAUGUCGACCGUCUUCCUGAACUCCAUGCCUUAUCCUGUGCCCUUAAAGCCAUCACAAGUACAGAUGCAGUGGCUGGAGUGGAGACUUGUCGUCUGGCUUGUGGAGGACAUGGAUACCUUCAAUGUUCAGGCUUCCCCAUGCUGUACGGCCUCGUGACAGCAGCUUUCACAUAUGAAGGCGAGAAUACGGUUUUGCUCCUCCAGACGGCUCGAUACCUCAUGAAAGCCGUCCGGAACCCUGAUCUAUCACCGACUGUUGCCUACCUCAAACGCUAUCCGAAUUCCAAGACACUUGGUCGAUGGGAUGGUAGUAUCCAGGGAAUGGUAGAGGCGUUUGAGGCUGUUGCUGCUGCUAAGAUUCACGCAGCUGCUAGUAGCAUCUCCAGAAGGCUAAGCGAAGGUCGAAAACCUGGCCAGGCAUCCAAUGAAUCCUCCAUCGAACUCGUUGCAGCUGCCGAUGCCCAUUGCCGCGCCUUCAUCCUCCGAGCUGGCCAGGAAUCCAUGGAACGUGUAACUGGAACUGUUUCUCCAGCCCUGGCAGCUGUCCUAAAGGAUCUGCUGGAGCUGUAUGCAGUGGAUGCUGCCCAGAAGUCUCUCGGUGACCUCCUGCGCUUCACAACCAUCUCGCAGGCAGAAGUGGAGAGGCUCCAGGUGCGCUUGGAAGGUGUCUUGAGUCGCCUCAGGCCCAAUGCUGUAGCCCUUGUGGACGGAUUUGAUUUCCCGGAUGAGGUGCUUCGCUCAGCUCUUGGCGCCUUCGAUGGCAAUGUCUAUGAACACAUUUACGAGGAUGCCAUGAAGAGUCCUCUGAACCAGGAACCAGUCAAUGCAUCAUUCCACAAGUACCUCAAGCCUUUCUUCAAGGGAAUGUCAAAGUUGUAAUUUAGGGAUUUAUGAAUUUAAUUUCUAAAAACCGGGAAUGGAAUAAUUUUACAAUUUAAAAUUUUAUGUAAAAAAUACAGUUACCAUAAUUGAUGAAAUAUAUGUAUAUAUUUUACAAGGGAAAAAAUUAUUUCUUCUUCAAAAAU